AUGCAUACAUGCAUGUACUGCUUUAAAUGGCGCCAUAACAUUUCGCUGGCGAAGGUUCUGUCACUUCUGACACUUCUGUCAGUGUUGCUUAUUGUUUACAUGUUCUGCAAUUGACGCGAGUACAAAACGCUAGUGGCUGAAUAUCGUGUGUGGAAUUGAAGUAAAAUGAGCUCGUGCAGCGUGAUCACGUCCGAUUUUGUGAAUUUAUCAAUCACGAACUCCGGUCAGGAGUCGUGUUGGGUGGAACGCCGAUUUCAAAAGGGUAUAACCAUCAAUGAGUUUAAGGGCAAACUGGAGCUUCUCACUGGUGGUAGUCCGGCUACGAUGACUGUGGAAGUUUACGACAAGAAUGACAAGCUCGUUUGUAGAUUGCAGGAGGGACAGCGGCUCUUGGGAUCAUAUCCGAUCGACGAUGGGAUGAGGAUACACGUUAUCGAUAAUUUCUCGUGCACCACAGAAGAUUUAAAUCAGGUGGAGAAGUUCGAGAUAUCCGAGGAAGAGUAUGCUAAAAAGACAGACACCGUCAAGGCAUUCCUGGAAAAGAAUAAAUUGGGAAAGUACAAUGAGGAAGACAUGAAGAGAAGGGCAGAAGAGAAGAAACUGGAGGAAGAAGCAGAGGAACGCUUAGCUGGUAUGUGCAAAGUUGGAGACCGUUGCGAAGUGUCCGUUCCAAAUCAGCCGAAGCGAAGAGCUACAGUCUUAUAUGUUGGAAAAACUGAAUUUAAAGAAGGCUGGUGGAUCGGUGUUAAAUACGAUGAGCCUCUUGGUAAAAAUGAUGGAAGCGUCGAUGGUAAGAGAUAUUUCGAAUGCGCCCCAAAAUAUGGUGGAUUUGUGAAGCCAGUGAACAUAAAGGUCGGAGAUUUUCCCGAGGAGGACUUCAAUCUGGACGAAGAAUUGUAAAGCACUAUAAUUGUCUCGCUGGACACCUUUUUUUUUCGUUAAAAAUUUGAAGACUCAAAAUAACGCUUUAUAUAAAAUAGUUUUUAAAUUAAAUAGCUUCACAAAAAUUAAAAAUUUUGUAUUUUUUCACUCUAUCGUGUCUGACUGGUAGCCAAUGAGAUGUGUUUCUUUGGCCUGAAAAUAUAAGUAAUAGAAUAGCGCAAGGUUUGAAAAAUAAUUGCCGAAUGACAUCAGUAGAUGAUUGAUCAAAUUGCAAAUGUAUAUAUAUAAUGUUUCUGCAUUAUUGUAUCAUCUUUGUAUUGCAUAAAUGUCAUAUCAAAUACAAUGUUGAAACAUUCCGAGCUUGCUUAAAGAAAUUGGAUUAACACUUGGAAAUUGUAUCCAGCAAUCCUGAAGAUGUGCAUAUAGUGCUUUAUAUCUGCGUUAAAAAAAAAGGCUAAAAUCCCGUUGAUUUAAAGUUGGGCAAUGAACAAUAUAUUAUAGUAAUGAAUCACA